GGCUUGUGAACGUACUUCUUCUUUAAUCAAUACAGGCCUUUUUCUUACCCUCUGUACAUCUUGGUUUGUUAACACCUAUCGCUCUAGCUGGAAUAGGUUCCGCCUCCCCGCUGGAGGAGAUCAAUGUCAAAAGAUAACAAUCGUGCAAGGUCCCAUUUUCGCGCUCCAGCAGCCAUGGCGCGAAAACGGGAAUUUUGCUGACGUCACAUCCGUGGGUUUCUGAGACGUGAUGGCGUUGAGGGGAUCGGCUCUCUCGUCAGUCGUCAGUGUAAUGUAGACCAGCGUGACGGACACACGGUGUGCUGUUUCACCGACUGUCGUACUGGUCCUUGUGUCCGAAGCGGUUGUUGUGUUUGUGGUUGCUGAGGAAGGCAGUGUGAGUGAGACCAAACGAGAGAGUAGAGCAAGCUGGAUAUAGUUUUUAGUUCCAAACAACAUGGAGGAGUUUGUUAGUGUUACUACGACACGAGAAGAAGAGCUUAGGAUGAUGCCGUCUCAGAUCUUCUAGGCAGUGCCAACUCGUCUUCUUCAAGGGGAAUAAUAUGUCUCUACUCAGUGUUACAGUGAAAAGGGCCAAUUUGAGUAGAACCUCAGCCGAACAGUUAAACAGCUAUGUAACCUUGAAGCUGCAGAAUGUCAAGUCGACUACAGUGUGCGUCAAGGGGACCCAACCAUGUUGGGAACAGGACUUCCUCUUCGAAACCAACCGGUUGGACACGGGCCUGUUGGUGGAGGUGUGGAACAAGGGCCUCAUAUGGGACGAUGCCCUGGGGUACUUGUGGCUGCCCCUCACCGACAUCCAAUACUCCAACGAGAUUCCCAUUAUUGUGGAGGAGGGCGAAGGACGCUGGUACUACCUGGAUGCGGAACGAGUGGUGGAGAAUGGAGAGGUCAAGGGGACUGCCAAGCCUACGGGAGAUUCCGUCCUCUUGGACUGCAGAUUCGAAUUGCCUUGGGGCAAAAAGGCCAAAGAAAGGGCAAGGAAGAAAGCUAUGGACCCAGUGCCUCCCAACGGCCCGUGUGGCAAAAGCCAAGCUUCCUCCUCUAGUCUUGGGGAUGGAGGCUUGGGCACUGCCCCUUCAUCCUCCCUCUCUCCACCUUCCUCCUCCACUGGCUCUCCAUCGGCCGCUCACCCGAGCCUCUCCACUGCUAAGCUCCUCAAUGCCGUUACGUUCGAGACUAUCGACUCUGGCACUGACAAAGACGAUGAGUUCACAGAGUCCUCAAUGUCACCUUGCAAAUCCACACUUCUAGCCACAUCUGCCUCUGAAACUGUAGACUCUGGUAUUGGCAAUGAUGAGAUUGGUGUUGAAACUAAUAUGUCCAAAUAUCUUGGUAAAAGUGAUGAUCCCAAAAGUUUUUUAAGUGAUUCUUUAAUUGACAAUGACUCUUCUGGAUCAUCUUUUAGAUUUAGUUUUAAAAAAAAUGCUGAACUGACCUCCCCAGAAAGUGGUGAAAAGCCGUACUCAUGGAACUCUGUAAACAGUGUCUCAAACUAUGCAACAUCCCAACCUAGUCCCACCGUUAUGCUUGUUACUACAAAAUUUGCUUCAUUAUCAGUAUCUUCUCCAGAUAAAGAAACAACUUUUAAGAAAGACUCGCCUGAAGUCUCAAGUCCAAGUGCCGCACCCUCCUCAGGGAUCUUUAACAUCAAACUUUUAAAAGAAAACCUUUUACGAGAAAGUGAGGGGUUGGAUCCUUUACAACCUUCACCUAAUCUGGAGGAUUCGUCUUCCACGUGCAGUUACAUAACACUCUCUGGUUCCAGUGGCUUUUUCUCAAAGUCAAAUGCUACUGAUGAUGUGCCGUCCCCAAAGACCUCACCCACUGUUGAACCAGAAUAUUCAGCAGAGGUCAAUGGUGAUGUAGUACCAAGCACCUUCAGUUUCCUAAGAUCUCCUGCGCAUACUGAGACUAGUUUAACAUCACUGACAUCCCAAGAAGUGACAUCUGAAACUUCGCAGCCAGAUGGUGGUGGAAAAAGUUUUGGUCUCACUCGAUUUUCCUUUCUUACAAAAGCAUACCUUCCUCCAAUGGAUGAUGAUGCUUCUGCUGAGGAAAAUGAUGGGGUAACAACAGCACUUGAGUCUUUGCCAUCCUCCGAGAAAUCUGUCUCGUCGCCUUUAUCAGGAUAUACUUUCUCUUUCUCGAGGACUAGCGAAGCUUCCAGUACUACGUUAACAGGUGCCACAAUAACACCUCUUGUCUCCAGCACCACUGCUACUACUACGUCCCCACCUCGUGAAAGGUCAAGAUUCUUUUCUUUCCUUAAUGCGAGACAAUCUCCUACUUCAGAGUCACCGUCUUCAACCCCUGUCUCUCUAAAUGAUAAAUUGUCUCCCCCUGGAAGUAAACUGAAGCUCAACCUUGAUGAUACUGUUCAAAUUUGUGAUAAAGAAAGUAGUGAAAAGUCUGAUAAACUUCUUACAGAAAAUAUUAGCAAAGGGGCCACAGAGAUGAAUCAGUCAGGAGAGGAAACGAAAGACAUGGAGGAGACGGAAGCACAGGAACUGCAGAGGAAACUGGAGGUUCUCAACCAUCUAAUGGACCAAGAACGUGGAAUGUCUGGGCCCAGCAGACACCCUCAACAUCCCCUCCUGUCCGGGAUGUCUGAGGAUAGUGAUUAUACCAGCGACCACAAUUACCCAGUGGGUCAACAUCCUAACUCCUCGGCAUCACAGUUCCUAUCUGUAGCUAAUCAACUGGCCACACCACAGAGGUCCUUGGAGACUAGUCGCGAAAACUCCUAUGAAAGGGACGAUGGUGUGCAGUAUAGUGGAACACAGGAAAACUAUGGUGAAGGGUAUGAUGCAGUACCAUCUACGGACAAAAGUUACAGGGACCAUGAUGACGACAGCUACACUCAGGAGCACAACAGAAAGAAUGAAGGAUACAGCCAUUCUGUAGGGUUUGACGACGACCUCUCCUACAACAGUCGACCAAACAACAGGAAAGAUUAUAGGUACCGCCAGGACCCGUGGGAUGACGAAAUAAGCCCGCUCAGGAGUUACUACAGUGCUCAAGAUUAUCCUUCAACAACUACUGUGGAUGAUUACACCCAGGUGGCAAAAACUUCCACAACAGCCUUCACAACUACUACUACUACUACUACUGCUACUACCACAACUACUACUUUCAGCGCUAGAGGCAAGCUCACUCGAGCCAAGCAACACACGGACGAGGAAGACGGGCCAACACGACGUCCUAGUUUGGAGAGGCAGAUCACCUUGUACGAUGACCAUGGCAGGGGCACCAAGGGGAACGGGACCAGUAGAGAAAACAGGUACUCUAACUGCCAUAGCUACUAUCACCAGUACUCCACCAGCCAGGAGGACAACAGCAGUGUGCCUGUGUCAGAGAGCCAAGGCGAAUACAGCACGAAAGAGGAAAAAGAUGACCAAACGGAUGUGGGUUAUGAUAAUGAACAAGGGGGGUGGUAUGAUGAAAAAUAUAGGACCGGUUACUAUGACCAAGAAGAAAAAGAGUACAAUAAAGAUGAGGGAUACUACAAUGAUAAAAAUGAUGAUGGUUAUGCAGGGGAGCAAUAUGAGAAUUAUGUGUAUGAUCAGUAUGGGCAGUAUGUUUAUAAUCAGUAUUACGGGUAUGAUAAAACUGCAGAAAAUUAUGAUAGCACUGCAGAAAAUUAUGAUAAGAGUGGUGAAAACGCUGAUUACUAUGGUUAUUAUGGUUAUGAAGGAUGGAAUAAUUAUUAUCAGAAUGAUGAAUAUUGUGGUUAUUAUGAUGAAACUACUGUUUACAAUGAAAACUAUAAUUAUAUAUACAGAAGUAAUGAACAUUUGGAAUCUUCUGCGGAAGUCCAGGGAGAUGGCAGUAAAAGCCUGGACAGUUCAAAAAUGAUAACAGCAGCCUCUACUACGUUAGCCUCUUUCUUUACCACCACUACUUCUGCUAUCACCACUACAAAAGCCUCAAGUACAGCUCUCGUCUCUACAACUUCCAUCACCACGAAGCCUUUGGGUAACCAUGUGGCACCCACUCAAACCACACAACAGAAAUCUGAGGGAGGUCUUUUUAAUAAGCUGCUACCUCAGCUGCCUAUUUCCCUUCCCUCCACACUUACCACUACAAGUCUUGCUUUAACUACGACUGCAACCACCACUACAGUUACCACAACGCAGUCCAGCCGCCCAUUAAUGCAGCCAAUUAUUUCACAGACCAAGCCACCAACAGCACAACAAGCAGCCCAGCAAAAGUCUGCUCAACAACAAAAACAGCAAACAAAGUCAACGCCUGGUGGGUUUGGUCUUUUUGAUGGAGUGAACAAGAAGGGUGGCUUCUUUGGUGCCAUGUCUGGUAUUACGUCCAAAAUGAGUGAUACUCUUAACACAGCAGUCAAAGAAGUUUCUGCGACUGCAGCUGCUGCAGCUCAGCAGGCCAAUGUUGCUGCUCAGCAAACGACCAAAGCUGCCACUGCAAAAGCAGCAGCUGCUGCAAAGAGUGCUGGUGUUGUACCUCAGCAACAACAACAGCAGGAACAACAGCAACAGCAGCAAGUAAAGCCAUCAGUGAAAAGACCACUGCCUAAACAAGAGAGUGUUCGUAGUGAUAAAAUGCCUUUGGAUGACGCUGAACAAAGAUCGUUAAGAACCCUACCUGAAAUGGAUCAAGAUUCUUAUGGACAGCCGUUCCUAGUAAGAGAAGACAGCUGUGAUACUGCUUACACAGACAGAACUCAGCAAAGACAGGAUAGUUUUGAGACGGUGCCUGAAGAUUCUCUUUAUGAGGAAGAAAUUGGCCAUGGGAGAGAUGACUACUAUGCUGAUUAUUAUGAUGACAGAAGAGGUUAUGAUCCAAGGGAUCCAUGCGACGAUGAUGAAUACUACGAGAACGACAGGCGAUACUACGAUGAAUACUACUACAGAGACUCCUUUGAGAAUGAAGAGGACACUGACCAUGACAUCUCACACUACCCAUCCCAGGGUUCAGAGGAAAGAUACUUGGAAGGAGAUGGCCAAUAUUCGACUGAAUACGAGAGUGAGCAGGAAUCCAGAGAAGCUGUUAAUGACAGGAUUGAACCCUACCCAGGAGAUCUUAGUAAGGCUAAAGAGGAGAAACCAAAGGAAACAAAGAUCAUAGAUUUCAACAUGAAGAACCGAGAGGAGACUGCGAAGACUGACUCUGAGGGCCCGAAGGCACCAGUUGGGAUAGGGAGACAGACGGAUACUUCUACAAGUAAAGAGAAAGAGACUAAAAAGAUGAAUUUCGAGGCUAGAAUGCAGGAAAUGGCUAAAGCUGUGCCAGCAGCAGCCUCUGAGAAGACUGGACAGGCUGCACCUACUGAAGCCCGUCCCAACGAAUCAGUAGGUAGACAGAGUUCCUUCGAAGAGAAAAUGCGUCAGAUGAAAGGAAUCCUAAAACUACCACAGCUACCCACAUCCCUACCUACUUCCCUGCCUAUAAAGAUACCUGAUUUAACGAGGCCCUCGAUGCCAAAGCCUCAAGCCAAGGUAAAUGAGCCGUCCAGACAACCUGCUCCUCCUCCUGCCCAGGAGCAACGGGCCGAGAGGACAGAUCACCCACCUGAGGAGAAGGCACAGGAUCAGCUGCAACAUGAAAAACUUCUUCAACAGACACUACAACAAACACCACAGCAACAGCAACAGCAACAGGUACAGGCGAAAGAUUCUGAAAGGCCUGAGGAUGCAUCUCUCCAAGCAGCAGCACCUCUGGAUAAAGAGGCCAAAAUAGAACCGCCAACCUCUGUCACUGUGGUGACAACAGGUUCGACAGUCACACCCACACCCACACACAACACAACCACAACCACUUCUUCCUCAACCCCUCUUGUACCCCCAACCACCACAGCGCCAUCAGGUGUCCCAUCUCCUGGACUUAUUGCAGUCGCUGUGGAUGGAAGCACUAUUCCUCCUCCUCUUCCUCCUACUACCCAGAGCGCCCUUCCCACCAUCCCUGAAGUGGCUGUUGAGGCUGAGCAACGUUUCACGGAUGAAGGAGUAACAGCUGUGGAGGGACAGGGGGAGAUCCCUCAACAGCCAACCGCCGAAAAGCCGGAAGUAGUAGAGGAAAAGGUGCUGAACGAUGCCUCGAGAGCAGCCGCCGCACCAACAGCUGACCAGCUUGAGCCUCCAAAGAUAACGGGUUCGGGCCCCGCUGAGGCUGUGGCUGCUGAUGCUGAGGGCCCGAGAGAUUCCACGCUGACGCCUCACACGUCGGAGGAGCGUCACGUCAGCUUCGAGGAAGAUGGGGGGAUCCCGGGAGAGGAAGCGCCGCCGAAGAAGAUGACGGCGAGGGAGCGGUGGUACUGGGCCUUCGAUAAGAUCGUCGCACAGUACAAUCAAGAUCGAGGUGGACUUGAUGGCGUCGUCAGCAAGCUCAUGGUCAUCCUUGCCAGGCCCGGUGACAACCCCUUCUACAGCAAUAUCGACAGUAUGCCUGAUAUUCGACCCAGGCGGAAGUCCAUUCCUCUCGUCUCGGAAUUGACGAUGGCAGCGACAAAGAGAAAUGCAGGCCUUACUUCCGCUGUUCCAAGGGCAUCACUCAACGAUGAAGAACUGAAAAUGCAUGUAUAUAAGAAGACGCUUCAGGCUCUCAUCUACCCAAUAUCCUCGACAACGCCCCACAACUUCGUCAUGUGGACAGCCACCUCUCCCACCUACUGUUACGAGUGUGAGGGGCUGCUGUGGGGCAUCGCCAGGCAGGGCGUCCGCUGUGGCGAGUGUGGGGUCAAAUGCCACGAGAAGUGUAAAGAUUUGCUCAAUGCUGACUGCCUCCAAACCGCGUAUAACCUGGCUAACACUCAUCCCUGGUUACCAAACAUUGAGGUCCUGCAUGUGAUUGCCGAAAGAGCGGCGGAAAAAAGUAGUAAACACGGUGCUGAAGACAAGACCAAUAACAUUAUCGCUGCGAUGAAAGACAGAAUGAAGAAGAGAGAAAGAGAGACGCCAGAAAUCUUCGAGUUGAUAAGGGAUGUCUUUGGCGUAGAGGAGAAGAGCCACGUUGGCCACAUGAUGUCGGUGAACCAGUCUGUGCUAGACGGAACCAGCAAGUGGUCGGCUAAGAUUGCUAUCACAGUCAUCUGCGCCCAAGGUCUAAUUGCCAAGGAUAAAAGCGGCACCUCUGACCCUUACGUCACCGUCCAGGUUGGGAAAGUUAAGAAACGAACACACACCGUCCCGCAAGAGCUCAAUCCCGUAUGGAAUGAAAAAUUCUACUUCGAGUGCCACAAUUCAAGCGACAGGAUAAAGGUUCGCGUGUGGGAUGAAGAUAACGACAUCAAAUCUAAACUCCGUCAGAAACUCACCCGGGAGAGCGACGACUUCCUCGGCCAGACCAUCAUUGAGGUGCGGACACUCUCGGGCGAGAUGGACGUCUGGUACAACCUGGAGAAACGAACAGACAAAUCGGCAGUGUCAGGUGCCAUCCGAUUACACAUUUCUGUGGAAAUCAAGGGUGAAGAGAAGGUGGCUCCCUACCACGUUCAAUACACCUGCCUUCACGAAAACCUAUUCCAUUACCUGUCAAAACUGGAGGGCGGCGCUGUCAAGUUGCCCCAGGCGAAAGGCGAUGACGCAUGGAAAGUCUACUUCGACGAUCAUGCUCAAGACAUAGUGGAUGAGUUUGCUAUGCGUUAUGGCAUCGAGAGCAUUUACCAAGCCAUGACGCAUUUCCAUUGCCUCUCGACCAAGUACCUGUGCCCAGGCGUGCCAGCUGUGAUGUCCACUCUUUUGGCUAAUAUUAACGCCUUUUAUGCACACACUACUGCUUCAUCUGCUGUCUCGGCCUCGGACAGAUUUGCUGCUUCGAAUUUUGGUAAAGAGAAAUUUGUAAAGCUGCUGGAUCAACUACACAAUUCCUUGCGAAUUGACCUAUCUAUGUAUCGUAACAACUUCCCCGCCAGUUCAAAUGAGAAACUUCAAGACUUGAAGUCAACCGUCGACCUUUUAACAUCCAUUACUUUCUUCAGAAUGAAAGUGCAAGAAUUGUCAUCACCACCAAGAGCUAGCGUAGUUGUUAAGGACUGCGCAAUUGCUUGUCUCCGAUCAACCUACCAGUUCCUCUUUGAAAACUGCUAUGAGCUAUAUGAUAGAGAGUUUCAGGUGGAUCCUUCAGAGAAGAAAGAAGGAGGGGAACAAGGCCCUCGAUUGGAGAGUGUAGAUUUCUGGCACAAGCUGAUCGCACUCAUUGUCUCUGUCAUCGAGGAAGACAAGAAUAGUUAUGCCCCUGUCCUCAACCAGUUUCCACAAGAGUUCAAUAUUGGACAGCUCUCAGCUUCCACAAUGUGGAGUAUGUUUGCUGUCGACAUCAAGUAUGCUCUUGAGGAACAUGAACAACAUCGUUUGUGCAAGAGCAGUGAAUACAUGAAUUUACAUUUCAAGGUAAAAUGGCUCUACAACAACUACGUGAAGGACGUACCUCCCUACAAAGAUCAAGUGCCUGAGUACCCUGCGUGGUUCGAGCCAUUUGUUAUGCAGUGGCUAAACGAGAAUGACGAUGUGUCGCUAGAGUAUCUCAAUGGUGCCUUCCAGAGAGAUAAGAAGGAUGAGUUCCCUCCGAGCUCCGAGAACUCCCUCUUCUCGAACUCUGUGGUAGAUGUGUUUACUCAGUUGACGCAAUGCUUCGGUGUCGUUUCAAAGUUAGAAUGCCCUGACCCAGAGAUCUGGAAGAGAUUCAUGAAACGAUUCGCCAAAACAAUAGUAAAGGUGCUCUUAGCUUAUGCUGAUAUUUGCAAACAAGAGUUCCCCAAUUAUGUGACUGACGAAAAGAAGGCUUGCAUCCUCAUGAAUAACAUUCAGCAAUUGAGAGUGCAGCUGGAGAAAAUGUACGAGAAGAUGGGAGGUGAAAAGCUAGAGGAGGAUGUGGCUGCUAUCCUCAAUGAAUUGCAAGGAUCCCUUAACACUGUAUUAGAUGAGCUUGCACAUAAAUUUGCCAACAGUCUCGAGGUACGAAUAGCAGUCAAAGUGAAAGAAAUGGGAGAUAAAUUAGCUGCUGUCAAAGGAACGGGUCAGGUACAGCCUUCACAGAGAAAUGCAAUAGCCAUAGAGGCUGAUGAAGUGCUUGUGCCUCUGAUGGAUCUUCUGGAGGACUCACUAUCCCUUUAUGCUCAGUCUUGUGAGAAAACAGUGCUCAAACGACUCCUUAAGGAGUUGUGGAAAAUAGUCAUGACCUCAAUGGAGAAGACGGUUGUAUUGCCACCCAUGACAGACAAGGCGAUGAUGCUCAAAAACCUUACGGACAAUGCAAAGAACCUUGCAGCCAAUGCCAAAAUUGAGGAUAUGUCACGACUCAUCAAGAGUCAGUUCGCUGGUGGCAAGGAUGUCAAGAAUGCUGUCUCCAACAUCAUGGACAUAUCGAAGGACUUUGAGCGUAACCUUACACCUAAACAGUGUGCUGUACUUGAAGCAGCUCUUGAUACCAUCAAGCAGUACUUCCAUGCCGGAGGAAAUGGCCUUAAAAAGAACUUCCUCGACAAAUCACCAGAACUCAAGUCACUUAAUUAUGCCUUGUCAUUAUACACGCAAACCACUGAUACGCUCAUCAAGACAUUUGUUACAACACAGACCAAUCAAGUUCCUGCGAACGACAGUAGGUUUCCGGGUAAAACCAAGAAAAAAGCAAAGGAACAGGUGCCAAUGGAUGAGGAGGAGGAAGAAGAAGAAGAAGCGGAAGCAGAAGACGAUACCGACGAUCCCAUUAAAGCUAAGACAGUCAGAAAGAAACUGAGUUUGAGCGAUAAGCGAGGUUCUACUGAGGAAGGCAGUGUUGGUGAAAUUAGUGUCCAGGUUGAUCUUUAUACACAUCCUGGUACUGGAGAACAGCGUAUUAAUGUUAAAGUGGUUGCUGCAAAUGACCUUAGAUGGUUGACUACUGCUGGUGGCAUGUUCAGACCAUUUGUAGAAGUGAAUCUCAUUGGACCACAUUUAGCAGACAAAAAGAGAAAGUUUGCUACAAAAUCCAAAUCCAACAGCUGGUCACCUAAGUACAAUGAAAGUGUCCAGUUCUUAAUUGGCAGCGAAGAAGGCCCGGAGAGCUUUGAAUUACAUAUUUGUAUAAAAGAUUACUGCUUUGCCCGAGAUGAUCGGUUGGUGGGAGUUGCCGUGCUACAGCUCAGGGACAUUAUCGAUCAGGGAUCAUGUGCAACAUGGCUGUCAUUGGGCAAGCGGUGUCACAUGGAUGAAACAGGAUGGACUGUCUUGCGUAUCUUAAGCCAGAGAACAAAUGAUGAAGUCGCCAAAGAAUUUGUCAAGCUCAAGUCAGAAGUUAGAGGAGAACCACCUAUUGGGGCUCAGUAAAAUUAGGCAUAAAAGUCAGUGAAGAAUUAGAUGUGAACUAACUAAUCAGACUGCAGUAAAGCUAAUGGCUCUCACCCAACAAAUGGUAAAUCGUGGGUAACAUCAUAUUUAAAAUAAUCGGAGCCGUUCUGUUUGAAACAGAUGAGGAUUCUCAGUCCUUAAGUUGUUGAAGUCCAGAGGUGAUCACUAACAUCCAUGGAAAGAUUUUCCAUGAGAAGUUUGUGUGCAUGGCUGCUAAGGAAUGGUAGAGCACAAAUAUAAUUGUGGUAACUAAUAUUUAAACAAAGUUAUUAAAAGUUACUCCUGUACCAGUGACUUAUGGGCAUUUUGGUUACCUGCAACAAGAAUUAUGAUGGCAGCUGUAUGUAAAAAAAAAAAUAAAAAAGUUUGGGAAACUUAAUGAUAAAAAAAACUAUUGUAAAACAAAUGGUUUGUCACAGCCAUGCAAGACUAGGAGGGGGAAUGUCUGUGAUACAGUAUAGUGAAUGCUAAUAACCCUGGACUAUUAAGGAUUGUCAAGCAUGUUAGUCAAUUAAGUGCAGAGCUACAAAAAGAGUUCAUGAAAAUCCAUACAGGAGCUGUGAUUCCAAUUCAGUGGAAUCCAAGUUCUCUGCUCUUCCAAACCUUGUUUAAAAGUUUGUAAAAUAGUAUUUUGAGUCAUAUGAAGAUGGUGUUCAUUCUGUAUAAAUUUCUGGUAAGAUGUACAACAUAUGCACCAAGUCAAUAAUAAUAUAUUAUGAGGAAGUGUCCCAGUAGCUUUGAAGUCUUAUCAUGGCAAGUGCCAUGUGGCUGUCCCAUUUUCUGUGGUUGUAUGAAUGAAAAUGGCUGAACCUGAAGGCUUACUUUUCCAUUUGUGUUAAGUGGUCAUAGGGUGAGUCUGCUAUUUUGUGCUGCAUUACUCUUUACUUCUCUUCAGAUGGGAAAUCAUUGAUAUUUGAAUUUAUCACAUGUUUUAAGUUGUGAGCACAAAUUCUUAUUUUUCUAUGUGAUCUUGGCACAUAUUAUCAAAAGGUGCACAUUCAUAUUUCGCCUUUGACCUCAGAUUCAGAUUUAAUAAGCAAUCCAUUGUACAUAUCAUUUUACCAUUAGGUUAGACCUCGUCUGUAAUUUAUAAAUAAUUGGGUGAUUGUUAUGUAUUUUCCUAACUUUUAUUUUAUCUGGUUCUAGUCCAAUGUAUAGGAGUCUGAUGAGAAAAAAGCAUGACGAUAAUAUGGCUUAUAACGUUGAUGGUUCUUUUAGCCUAUCUAGUGGUGCAAACCUUGUAACAUGAUCUGUCAAGAGUGUAUUUAAGGGAUACAUAUUUUAUUAGUUUUGUUUUUAACACUGCAGAAAGUAUUUAUCAUCAGAUGGAUUCCUUGGGUGAACUCUGACUGCUAAUGUCACAUUUGUUGCUAGUUGAUGUCUAACAGUGUGGAUGUGUGUGCAUGUUACUGUAUAUGUGUGCAUAUGCUUGUAUGUGUGUAUGCAUGAUAGUCAAAUUUUAUCCAGACUGUCAGAAUGUUUCUUAAUGAUCAGGCACAUAUUGUACCUGUUGAAGGAUUUAAAUAUAUCUGUAUUUGAAUAUUACAGAGCAGACACCAGUGUACUUGCUGGAUAAUUGUGAAAUAUCUAAACGAUAUUUUGUACAAGAUUAGAGCUUACGACGACUAUGUUACUGAUUUUUACUACCUUUGAUAUAUUUACAAAAAAUUAUGGGUGCCACUUAUCUAUAAAUGGUAGCAGAGCAUUUAUGAAUAUGGAUGAUCUUAAAAAUUCUUAAUUUACCCUUGGUUAAUGAACUUUGACAACAGAAUUAUCCUGCCAUAAAUUCUGAUGUAAAAUUAAUAAAGCAUUGGGUACGUAUUUGCUUAAGAAAAAUUAAUGGGUACCUUUGUUAAAUAGAAUGGACUCCCAAAGUAUUUUAGGUUGUAUCCUGAGGAAAUCAGUCUGUCAAGUUACUGGCAAUGAUUUAUAUUUCCUAGUAACAUAGUUGUCGCUGCUCUGACAACCAGCUUUGCUUGUUGAGUGUUACAGAAUUCAGGAUAUUGGUGAUACUGUAUACUAUUGUGACUUUAUUUAUGAGUGUGAUUGUGGACUCUGCCCGAGUCAUAUUUGUACAGCACAACCACAAUUGUAAACACACCACACUCAUGACUGUGGUCACAAAGAGAGUGGUGUUCCACAAGAAAAGCAGCUGCAUCUACAGGCAAGCAAGGAUCAGAAUCUUCCAGUUAUAUGUAAAUAGUCACCCUCUAAACACGUGAACAAAAUCCUCCCAUGCUAUUACAAUUAUGUUGUUGAGUUUUAUCUUUCUCCUGGUUCCAUAGCACAUAGAGGUUAUCUGAGACAAUGUUCAUGCUUUUUUCUGCUUCUUAAAACUUCCUUUACAGUAAUUACAUUAAGUUUACUGCAACUUUGUUUCUGUUACAGGCAUGCUUGUGUCUCAGAUAUGCUCUCUUACCCAAUACUGUUCUUGUAAUUUGUGACGUGUUGGUGCAAGCCAUUUCAAGCAUAAGAGGAUGGAAGGGAAUCUCUUCUUUUCCUAAAUACAAAAAAAGUUUGAGAUGCUAUUACUUUCCUCUUAUAAAGACCUUUCUAUGGUCUAAUAUAAUUAUUAUUAUCAUUAUCAACCUUUCACAGCAUGAAUGGCCUGGUCAUCACUAUGUGUCAGUGAGAGACUUAACAGGGAGCAAGUGAAGUCUCAGUUCAAGGCUUUGGAGUCAUUACACGCAUCUUUAUGUACAUAAUGUCAUUGAUCAUCGUGAGUGCGAUAAAAGAAGUAAUCAUUACCUAUUUGAUCUGUCAAACACCUCUCUUUGUCGGUGGGUAUGUCUUUAGUUCAUCCCCUCCCAUUGGUGGUACCUUGCCCAUUUGUUGACUUUCAACAGUGGGGAGCUACAAUCCCAUUUUUGACAACUUGUGUGCCUUUCUGUACCAAUAAUAAGUCUUAGGGUGGAUCCACCAACAUUUAGUUGAACCACCCUCGCCAUAGACAGGGCUCUUGUUGGGGUGGUGGAUAUGCAGGCAGUGGUGACAUAUUACAUGUACUUAUUGAUAAAAUUAUACACCAACACAAGUGGAAUGCAUGAAUAACUGAAUAUCCUAUCAGUGAAACAGGAUCAUCAUCCAAAUCUAAGCUUGGAUGAAUAUAAUAAAUUAAAGACAUAAGAGAUCAUUACUUAUCACUGUGUAUAUACUGUAUACAAUAUACUUCUGAUACAUAUACACAUAGAAUAUUAAAUAUAUUUCUAGUCUAUCCUCAAAACACAGACUUGACAUUUCAUCACCUGCAUAACCAGAGUGCAAUUUACACACACACACAAGACACCACAAACUUCAUCUGGCUUGUACUUGCAACAUAAUACUAACCUUACUUCUACCUGUGUAAUUAAGAAAUUGUAUUGCAUUAUGAAUGCAACUUUUCUAUAUACAGCAUACGUAUAUAUAUAUAUACAAAUCAAGUUUAAAUACAUUAUCAAAGACAACAUAUAUAUGUAUAGAGAGAGCAAGAGACAUUAUAUAUAUAACUGAUGAAACACUGUGCAAAAAGUCAUUGUUAUUCAUUUUACAAAGGGUAUAUAAUAUAUAUAUAUAUAAAUACAUUAUCCUGUUGCAUGUUACAUAUUGAUGCUUUAUUGUGACCAUAGUCAUGCUUUCUCUUAAUCUUCUGGCUCUCCAUGUCAUGUCCAGUUUUAGUAGGUCCUGCCCUUAUCCACAUAAAUAUCUACACUGCCUGACGUACCACACACCACUGCCCCCAGAGCCAGAGCCACUCAAGAUAUGUUUUAAUUUUUCACUUCGCAUUACAUAUAGGGCCACAGUUUAUGAGCCUGCUUGGAUAUUCUUAAUUGUUUUUAGCCAUUUUCCUAAUUGUAGAUAAUCACCACUUUAUGUAGCUGCACUGAAAGACUAUUGUUUGUAAAAAGUCACUGAAUUUACCCUAAAACAAAAUAGACAAACUAGUACAUUAAUCAUCAUCAUCAUCAUCAUCCAGUGUGGAAAACUAAGUUCUCUCUAAUAAUCAAGAACUUUAAAAACUUUCUUACAAGUCUGAUAUUGACCAAAUAAUUCCCAAGAACAUGCCAAGGAGGCUCGUCAGCUGUGGACCAAAAACGCUGUCCUCAGAAGAUUCUCGCCAGAUUUUCUUGUUAAUGUGAGAGGGACUGAAGAUGAGAUACUCUGAUAUCCACUGAAAAACUGUGGGGGAAUUACAUCGUUUGUUGUCAUUCCUUUGGAGAUCAUUAUCCAGUGUUCCAGUGGAAGUCAGAGAAGCAUGUUCUGCCCCCUGUGGUGAAUGGUUAUUAUCGGCAUUCAUAUAUCAUAUUAAAUCCCAAGUGAGUCGUAGUCCUGUAGCUGGUUUUGUUAAUAAUAUUCCUCUAUCUGAAAAAUAAAGGCCCUUUGAA